AAGAACAAAGAACACCAGCGUUAGUGAGAGAAGCUUUUCCAUCUCUUUGGAAUUCCUAAAAUUCUAGGGUUUCAAUAGCUCAUCGAUGUCGAUGGAGUCUCCACAGUUUACUAAAGGGGUUUUGUCUAGGGCUAAGGAUGUAGUUAGGGAUUCGAAAUCACCAGCUUUAUUGGGUUUAGGGCAAACGGAAUCGGGUUGAGCUUAAAGUAAGGGGAAUCGGUAAGUUCCUCUGAGGAGGUUCCUUCGAUUAGUAUUAACAGAUUGGCGAUUGGGGGGGUGAAGGGAGUCUUAGCCCUAGUUCUAGGUUGUUCGCUGCUUCUAUAGAGGGCCUUCGAUCAAAAAUUGUUGCGAUGGAUGCUCUUGGUCUUGAUGAGUGAGAUUCAACUAGAGGUAGGGUUUCAAAUCGCGGUUCGGAUGUGGUAAUUUCUCAAUCUCAGGCUAUUGAGGACCUGCGGGCUAGGCUCAACACCAUGAAAACAAAUAUGUUAGGGGGUUUCGAGGGAGGAUCUGGUACCCAUUGAACUUGCUCAAGAGGAAUUAUCCACUCCUGCAGCUUUAGCGUUCAACCUACUUCAAACUAAGUGGUCGGACAUUGUUGAAAUGAAAGGGGGAGAUGUUUCUUCCUUUUUGCUUGGAGAUUCACCAGAUGGGUCAAAGCCUAAACCCCAUUUUCUGAAACAAAUUGUGGAAAGAUCUUCUCAUCCACCAAAGGUGCAAACCAUUGUGAAACCAGGGUGUUCACAGGAUGUUCUCAAGGCAGCUUUGAGUGCCAUGGCUUCUGUGACUGAAAUUUUCUCAGUAAUGUCCUCGUCUUCAAACAGUGGGGUGACGCCAUUUUAGAAGAACAAAUUAACCACUUUGGAACUGGAAUUCCAAAUUCCUUUUGAUUCUUGUUUUACUUCAGUAGUUUCAUAAAUUUAUUUAGGUAAGGUUGAGGAUUUUUUUUUCCCCAAAAUUUUGCAAACUAGGUGAUGCAAAAUAAAUGGAAGCUGUGUUGAGGCUUAUUGAAAGUUAAGAUUUUUUUCUCUGUUGUCAGAAAAAUGGUGAACCAUGUUUUGUUCCUUACCGAAUGAAAUUUGUACGCAUCAAGACAUAAAUAGCGAUUUGAUGUUUU